AUGCCUCAUGUGCGCUCUCCUGUGGGUUGGGCGGCUGAAUUUGUCCCAUAUGCCGACCUCCUGCCACUCACUGCCGCCCACUGGAAUCAGAUCGCCGCUCGGUUUACCGCACACUACUGCUCCGUGGAGUGCCUCGAAUCCGCUGAAAGCCCAUUGACUGUCGUGGUGGCUGCGGGCGGCGAGGCCCUCCCAAUGCUGACAAAGCUCGCCGCCCUGCUGAACCACAGCAGCGGCAUUGGCAGCGGGGGAGGGAGCAACCGGGUAGGCGGAAGCUCCACCACUGCUGCCACCACUCCUACCGCUGCUACCAGCAAUAUCACCGCGCCUGGCACUUCUGCUGGUGCUGGUGCUGGUGCUGGUGGUGGUGGUGGUGGCACGGGCAGCAGCAGGAGGGCAGCGCGGGACUGGCAGGGCAUGGAGCAGCUGCCAGUGGAGAUCGAGCUGCCCCGCGCUUUCCACUUCCACUCCAUCUUCGCCUGCCCCGUCUCCCGUGAGCCCGCCUCCUACCCCGACAACCCGCCCGUGCUGCUGCCCUGUGGCCAUGUCGUGUGCCGUGCAUCCGUGCUGAAGCUCGCCAAGGGAGCUACGCGUCCCUUCAAAUGCCCCUACUGCCCUCUUGAGACCACACCGCUUGACUGCCGCCCCAUUCAGUUCUAG